CGUGUUGUGCCGAAAUCUUGUAUAAAUUGCUUAAUCGGACGGAUGAAAGUCAGUCUUCGACUCGAGUCUGAGAUGAGGUUGCUGAUUGUCGGGCUUGCUUUGGUGCAUUGCGUUUUUGGCAAGGCUGCUGACAAACUCCUGUCAGUACAAGUGCUUUUCAGACAUGGCGAAAGGACUCCAAUAGCAACUUACCCCAAUGACCCAUACAACAAUAUCCUGUUCCAAGAAACUGAAAGUGGACAACUAACAAAUGUUGGUAAAAUGCAUCAAUACAAGCUGGGACAAUGGCUAAGAGGAAGAUACAACGACUUCUUGUCCACCAGGUACUCCAGAAAUGAGAUUUUGGUUUAUUCCAGUGAUGUUGACAGAGUUCACAUGUCUGCGCAAUGCAACUUAGCAGGUCUCUAUCCACCUCAAGGUGAUCAAAUCUGGAACCAAACACUUUUAUGGCAACCCAUUCCAGUACACAUUAACGUCUCAAUUUUGGAAGGGACAGUAACGAAUUGUCCACGAUAUGAUGCCCUAAAAAAGACGGUGGACAACUCCGAAAAAAUCCAAGCAGUUUUAGCUCAGUACCAAGAAGAACUGGCUUACAUGAGCUUCCACUCAGGCUUAAACAUUACCGACUUAAACACCCUCGUGUUACUAAGAGACACCUUGUACAGAGAAGAUUGGGGCGGCUUACCCCUGCCAGCCUGGACGUCACAAAUCUACCCUAACCCAAUAAACGAACUGGCAGCUCUGGCGUUUGCCCAGGACACCUCAACGACAGAAAUCGCCAAACUAUCAAUCGGCUCGUUCCUGAACACCGUCCUGCAAAACUUCCUGAACCCCGCCCAAAAAUUCGUCAUGUACUCAGGUCACGACAGCUUGGUGUCCGACGUGAUGCACGUUUUGGAGCCGGACUACGAGAAUUUCUGUCCCGAGUUCGCGUCCAUGGUGAUGUUCGAGCUGUGGCAAGGAAGCAAGAAUCAGUACGUGAGGUUUUACCUUAAGAGGAACGACACCGUCGAGAAUUUGGUGGUGAAGAAGUGCUCGGAGAAAUGUGUGCUGAGCAAGUUCAAGACGAUUCUUGAAACUGUUGCCAUUUCGCCAGACACCAAAAAGAAACUCUGUGAGAUUCUUCCUUGAACAAUAUGAACUAUGUUUUACUGUUAAAAUAUUUAUUUUACAUAUAUUUUUUAGAACCGAAUAAAUGUAUUAACAGGAA